GGAAAGGAAGUGAGCGAAGGAAGAUUUUCUGUAUCGGUGAAUUGUAGUUGCUUACACAGUACUUUUUACAUAAAUUAUUUUCUCAUUGAAUUUUAACAGAAUACUCUUGGGUAAAUGUAUUAUUGAAAACUUUGCAAUAAAGGCAGUUUCUGACAGCGAGAGGAGCAGUAACCGGGUUCCAGUGACCCCGAGCGUAAUGCUGCUCACCGUGUUUUGUGUACCGAGAAACCGCUCGGAAACCACGUUUGCCCUGGACGUGUCCCCGGAGCUUGAACUCAGAGAUUUUCUAGCUCUUUGCGAACUAGAAUCAGGAGUACCUGCAGGGGAAAUUCAGAUCUCAUACGCAGAACAGCCUUUAAAAGAUCCUACCCGUGCCCUAGGGAACUAUGGCCUGAAGGAUGGUGACGUGGUGGUGUUAAGACAGGAAGAGAGGAUACUACCGCCACAACCCAUGAUUCCAGGGCUGCCACGCAUAGAUUUCAGUUCCAUUGCUGUACCCGGGACCUCCUCAGGCCAAAACAGACCGCAACAAGCCCAGCGUCCCAGUGCCACCUCGUCAGAGCUGCCCCAAGCCACCAACCCAGGUUCAGGCUCAGCCCUUUCUCCUCAGGGAUUGGACAAUCCCGCCUUGCUACGAGACAUGUUGCUGGUAAACCCACAUGAGUUGUCAUUGCUGAAGGAGCGAAACCCUCCCCUUGCUGAGGCUCUACUGAGUGGAGACCUUGAGCGCUUCACCAAGGUGCUAUUGGAGCAGCAGCAGGACCGAGCCAAGAGAGAGCAGGAGAGAAUUAAACUGCUGAUUGCAGAUCCUUUUGAUCUGGAGGCCCAGGCCAAGAUUGAGGAGGAAAUCAGACAGCACAACAUUGAGGAGAAUAUGACCAUUGCUAUGGAAGAAGCACCUGAGAGUUUUGGCCAGGUGGUCAUGCUCUACAUUCAUUGCAAAGUAAAUGGGCACCCUGUAAAAGCCUUUGUUGACUCAGGAGCUCAGAUGACCAUUAUGAGCCAAGCGUGUGCAGAGCGGUGCAAUAUCAUGCGUCUUGUAGACAGACGCUGGGCAGGCAUUGCCAAAGGUGUCGGCACACAGAAAAUUAUUGGUAGAGUCCAUUUGGCUCAGGUGCAGAUUGAAGGAGAUUUCCUCCCUUGCUCUUUCUCCAUUUUGGAGGAUCAACCAAUGGACAUGCUGCUUGGCCUUGACAUGCUGAAGAGACACCAGUGCUCCAUAGAUUUAAAGAAAAAUGUCCUCCUAAUUGGGACAACGGGUACCGAGACACGUUUUCUGCCUGAGGCAGAGCUGCCCGAUUGUGCCAGGUUGGCAUAUGGUGCAGAGGGACGAGAGGAGACCAGACCUGAGGAGAUUGCAGACAGAGAGCUGGCAGAGGCAAUACAAAGAUCUGUGCAGGACAGCGACGGACGCAUCGGACAGGGGGCUGGGUGCUGUUCUGUCCCAAGUAGUGGAGGGGGAGGAGUGCCCGGAGCUGUACAUUAGUCGAAUGUUCUCUAUGAGAGAGACGAAGUACAGCAUCAUAGAGGAGGAGUGUUUGGCCAUCAAGUGGGUGGUCCUCACUCUCCUCACUCGCUACUCUUUGUUGGGACGAGCAUUCAUCCUCUCUGUUCGGACCACGCCCCGCUCCAAUGACUCCACCGCAUGAAGGAUGUCAACACCUGGAUCACCCGUUGGUAUCUGGGACUCCAGCCAUUUAAGUUCGAGGUGGUCCACAGACCGGGGGCACAGAUGGCUGUCGUAGGAGUGGGCAGUCUGGAUGUUUCCCCCGGCCUGAGUCGGGCUGUGGAGGUGAGGGCGUGGUUAAGCGCCCAUCUGGGGAGAGAGAAAGCGGUAAGGACAUUCACCUGAGAUGAAUUGUGACUAAUUACCAUUUCCAUGUUCACAGUGAGAGUCAGGGGAGGUAAAAGACAGCCCAGUUCACUGAAAGAGAGAGAGAGAGAGAGCUGCACAGAGAAGAGUGUUCCUGAGUGCGAUUUGUAUUGUGCUGAAAAGCAUUAUUUAAGUGUGACCACUGAAAAGUGAAAUAUAUAUAUAUAUGGGAAAUAUAUAGCUGUGUGAAAUAAAGCCCUUUUGAGUUGGAUCUCGCCGUGUCCCGCUUCCUCCUUUUGAUCUGCUACAAAGUGCUUUUAUAAAAUUAUAAGCUUCAUAUGUCUCCUUAAAAGCCAUCUAAAAAUUGGCCCCCAUUCACUUCUAUUGUAAGUGCCUCACUGUAACCCGCUGUUGUUUUUUUGUUUUUUGUAUUAAGAAAAAUAGGGACAAGUAAAAAAUUAUUUGUGGUAAUCAACAUUAUGCCACAAAUGCUGUCAAUUGAGCUUAAAUUGUAUUGAAGCCAGAAUAUUCCUUUAACACUGUCAAUGAGAAAACCAUGAGUUAAAACAUUGGAAUUCUAUUGUUUCAGAUUUAACAUUAAACCUGAUAAGACAUGGUGAAACUAUUGACUUAGUCUAGAAAUCAAAGGCUUGAGGGUUUAUACUUCAACUUGAAUGUUUUACAGUAGUGUGUUUGUUCAUUUCUGGAAGACUAACUUACAAGAUAGAACCACACACUACCCUAAAAUGGUGGUAGGUUGGAGUUAUGUGGGCUGAAUACCACCUUGUGCAACUAAUGUUAUUGAUGGGUGCAUGCUUCCUGUCUCUCUCACUUUCUCUGGAUGCAUUUUUGCUAAUUUUCUACCUCUUAUUGCAUGAAAUGUGUGGGGUUUGCCCUAACUGAGCAGAACAGAACUGAUGUCAUACAGACAGGCAGCUGGAGAGGGCUCUACAUACCAGAUAUUGAAAAUGGAAAAACUACCUCACCACAAUCCCUGCCAUUCACAUCACCAUCUUCAACCUCAAGUUAUCCACAUAGUCUCACCCUGGAUCAUUCCAAGUCUGACCCAGCCUCUAUAAACCAGGGAGCAUCUCCAAUUGAAAUUCCCCAACCAGAUCUAUGCCACCCAGGAAUCAACUGAAUCCUUGCCAUUUCCACCUGUGAAAGUAGAAGAACCCUCACCAGAUCCCUCCAAUGGCACCUUUAGAUCUCAGUCCCAAGAACUGGCUGAUUCAAACUCCUCUUGUGAAAAGACUGCUGAUGCUCCCUACUCAAGCACUCUUUCCUCUCAGAAACCAUUCUCUAAUACUGUGUCUGAGAACAAUGAAGUGACCAGUGGCAUCAUUACAGGAGAUUCUGACAGUCAGUUAGAUACAGUUUUGGAAAAAAACAUAAUUUCCUCUGGGAAUGUAGCAGCAGAAUCUCCCUUUACUCUCGUUAAAGCAACCACUCAGACUCAAACAUUCGAUCAGGAAGUGGACAUGGAUGUUUCUUACAAUGCAAAACAAGACGUUGACCACAACUUUCUGGAACAAUCCCAGAGAGAACAAGUUUGUGUGAUGGAAGAUGUUUCAGGGGCUCAACCACAAUUCAUGCCUGUUCCAGACUUGAACCUUCAACCCUGUCAUGCUAAGCCAGCCACUUCUUCUGGGCACUCGCCUGUCCAGUCAGACUCAGAAAAGAGCAUGAACAGUGAAAUACCCUCCGAGAGAAACCAACUUGAUGCGGAUAACACCAUCCUUGGCUCAGACCCUCAAGGAGCUCCAUAAACUUCUAAGUGUGUGUAAGGAGCCAUUUGUCUGACCCCAAUUCCUAGACAGAAUGUUGAUAGGGUGGACCAGGAUCCUACUUCAAGAAACCAUGUGACUCUGAACCCAACAGUUGAAGCAUCCUCUUAUACUGCCACAGAAAAUGACAUGGAGGACAGAGUUGCCAAAGCUGACUUUUCUUCUCAAUCAUUGCAGGAAACUCCAGACUUACCAACAUCAAGCAAUUCAAGGCAUCGCAAACUACUACAUCAAAGCAAACUACUUGUGUUGUAGAUCCCAGAGAGGAACAAGGGAUUCAGUGCCCUUAUACCCCUGAGGGAAACCAGGUUCUUUGUGAUGAGAUAAUAUCUUAGCAGAAGAUAUUGCCUUUCCAGGAGAUCUUGAGUUUUAAGAAAACCCUGAGGGUCAGAAAGGGCAGGACAUUUCAGACGGAAACACCUCAGGCUUUGACAUCUCCAAUUCGGCCUACCCAUCUCAACAGCGCUCUUUGUCUGUAGCAGCUGGUUCAACAACUGAUUCCAGUCUUGGGCAAGUUGCAUCUCCUCAUCCUCAAACACAGGCCCCUGAGAUUGAUGCUCUUUUCUUAGAGACUUCAUCCAGCCUUCAACGCAGCCCUCAAUGGGACUGUUUCCACUAGAGCACAUUCAGAGGAUCCAAGCAUCAGGAUUCUCUGCCCUAGAGGCUGCUGAGGCAAUGGAACAAGCUCAAGGCAGUGUGGAGCUUGCCUUACUGGUGCUGCUAGCAAGAAAGAUCACUGUGCCCACCUAGACCCAUAAUUAACCUGCUGUGGUGGCAUCUGUCAACAUUUGAUCCUUUUCUUUUCAUCACAUGAUUUCCUUUAACAGUCCUCCUUGUUUUGUACUUUAUGGUCUUAUUCUGGCUGUAUACUUUGCCAACAUACAAAAUGUAAAAAAAUGUUUUGAAAUUAGCUAGCCAUAUCACCCUUUUAACAGAACAAUAUUAAUAGUUUAUGCAUAGUAAUGCAUUGUUGGUUUCAUUUUUUUGGGCUGAAUUAGCACAAUAAAUCGAUCGACAAUUUACAUAAAUAUUUCAGUAACAAAUUGUGGGGUUGAAGCGAGCAUGAUCUUCUGCCUUGUCAGAAAUAGGCUUGUUUCCAUUCAUCCAACUACUGCAUGGUUGUAGAUCUCAAAAGUGAUUUUGUGCCUGAUGUUUUCUGACCUUCAAUAGAAACUUCUGAAGUAUUUAAAUUAGCUAAUUUAGCUAAUUCCGGUAGCGCACACAUUAUAGAUUUGUGAAUGAUAUAUGAACAAAUCUGAAAGAUCAAGGUAUGAUGCAUUGCAAAACAUUUGAAGAAAUACUUUGAUCGUCAGUAGUAUCUGUUUUUUUUUUUAAUGGGGGGGUUCAGUAUCAGGAUUUUGUCGUAUUUUAAAUUGUGUUUUUGGGUGAAACAGACAAAUGUUGGUGCUGACAAGUAGUCUAUGGAAAGAUUCCUUUUUUUUUUUUUUUUUUUUUGCCCAUCUGCCCUCCAAGCAGCUACCACUACAUUUUGAGUUGUCUGUGUUUUAAUACCAUUAUUUGUUGUUGCUUGUCUAAACACUUUUUAUUUCAGUGUAGUCAUGACGUGCCCUUUCCAGCUUUCUGUUAUCGGUUGUAAUGUCUAUCCCCUUGUCAUAUUUUAAAUGUUAUCUCUGGGUCAUAUAUCAGUUGUGUUCAAACUAUUUGAAAUACACAGUUUCAUCUUGUAUAUAGGUUAAAAUACAAAUA